AUGAAAGACUCCAAGACUCCGCCUGAAGGUACACGUCCUUUAAUGAUAUCAAUGCGUGAAAUGGAAACGUUAGGACUUAAAACUGGAAGUGGGUUACGUGAUACUGUGGAGUAUCGAAUCUUUUCACGUCAAAAUGUAUUGAAUGAGAUUGCUCAAGUGGGUUUUAUGAGUCCAUUUCAUACAUUUCGUACUGAAAUUCGUAACAUCACUUUUGGAGAUGAUCUUCUUGUCAUUGCUGAUCGAGAAGAAAAGUAUGGUGAAAAUUGGUUAUUGUGUUUGACUGAACAAGCAUUUGAAAGUCAACUGGAGCAGCUAAAAUAUCGAGAGAAAGAUCAUGUGGAGAUACAAGAGAAAGACAAAAGCGAUGACGUUGAUGAGUUUGAUAUUUCGAUGAUUGUAUAUGAAGACAAACCAAUACUAACACGUCCUUGGUCUUCACCUACAAUACGAGAGACGUAUGAACAAGUCCUUGGGCUAAAUAUCAGAUCUACUCGUCCUUUGAUUGCAAUGUCAGUCACAAAAAUAUCUGACGAGUUGAAUGCUGAGUACAAAUUUAGCGAUCGGGAUGCAGAUCAGUGUUUUGUGGAGUGGCGACAGCAUAAAGACCCAAAUUACGAAUUAAUUCGGGCUGAACAAGAUGUGGGUCUUCAAUGCACAUUGCCAUUAGUGGACAAUUCAACCCAAACGAGUUGGUUUCGGUCAAUUAAUAGUGCACUUCAAUAUGAGCCAAUGAUUCUGUCAACAGCGCAAUGUCAAGUUGAAAUGGAGAGUGAUAAGAUGCACGAAUUUUUAACACGUGUUUUGCCAUUAAUUGAGCGAGUGUUGCAGCAAAAUGAGGCACUUGAUGUGUUUUUAGACCCAUUUGCUCAUUUAUUGGAAGAAGAGGACACUUUGAUAAACACUCAAACUCAUGAAAAUGGGAUGCGAGAGUUACGAAGUUUUACGGAUCUCGUUUAUAGUAAAAACAAGACAUUACGAGCAAUUGAUUGGCAUCCAAAACGAUAUGGGAUUGUUGCAGUAGCAGCAACAACAAAUGCAUCAUUUGCUAAACGUCUUGAUCUUUUUGAUACUAUUGAAAGCUCAUAUAUUCUCAUUUGGAACUUUGUGGACCUAAUUCAUCCCCAAAUUAUGCUGGAAUCCCCGCAAGAUGUUAUGACAAUGCGAUUUAACCCAACAGCUCCACAUAUUGUCGCGGCUGGGUUAUAUAACGGUCAAGUGCUCGUAUGGGAUUUUUUGAAAAUGGAAUCGAUUCUUUUAAAUACAAAACCACCAAAAACGUCAACGACAGAUAGUUCGUCCUCUAUGAGAAAUGAUACACGCAAAGCGACACCUGUGAAACCACUUUAUGUAUCGUAUAUUGACGUUAGUCAUCGUCGACCUGUUGCUGAUCUACAGUGGCUACCAGCUGGAGUCGAAAUAAAUAGUCGUGGCCAUAUUGUGAUUUCACCCAAUUCUGAUACUGUGACACAAUUUGUGACAAUUAGUGCUGAUGGACAAGUGUUGUUUUGGGAUUUACGUUUUAAAGAUCCCAAAUAUGGUCAUUCAAUUCGUUCGAAAGUUGACAAAAGUGGGUCAAAAGAUGGCACAUUUGAUGUGCCAUUUGUACCCAUUUAUUCAAUUACUCUGACAAAACCCGAUGGUCCUGGGGAAUUGGCACUACAAUCAAUUUGGCUUGAAAAAAAUCACGAAGAAAGUAAAAAUGAUUGGCGCCCUCAUGCUUUAUUACGAGGAAAUGGCAGUAAAAAUGACGAUAUUGGGCGAGGAGACAAUCGAAAUGUCGAGUAUGUGCAAUGGUUAUGUCGUGACCAUACUCGUCCAAUUUUUGGUCUUUUUGCAUCCCCAUUUUUUCCAACUAUCUUUUUGACAGCAAGUGAAACCCAUUUUCAUCUUUGGGAUGUUUCACAUCCAAUUGACGAAAGUGCAAAAGAUACUGCAAAUGCAACAAAUGGUCCUAUGUUUGUGUCACCUCUCACACAGUCAUCUAUUACAUGUGUUGCAUUUUCACCCACUCGUCCUGGUGUCCUUUUUCUUGGAAAAGCGGAUGGAAAUCUCGAAAUUUGGGAUUUUAUGGAUCAAUCGCAUCGAUCGAGUCUUUUAAUUGGAAUCACAGCUUGUGCUCUAACAUCAAUGGAGUUUCGUUCUCAAAUUGUACCAAGUAAUAAUCCACUUGGUGGUACAAUUAAUGCCACUGGUACUGGAACUGUGACGAAUCGUGCAAAAGCAACAAAAAGUGCCACUGGUGCACGUGGACGUACCACGGGUCCGGUACCACUUGGUACAACGAAUAUGAAGCAACAACUUGUUGCAGUUGGUGAUCAAAUGGGAAAUUUACACAUUUUAGAAAUCCCACGAGUUUUGUCAAGACCAGCAAGUGGCGAACGUGGAGCAAUGGAAAUGUACUUUAAACGGGAAAGUGAACGCAUGAGAACUGGACGGAAUGAUUGUAAAGUGGAUGGGACAAUAAAUGUACGACAGAAAACUGGUGAUGACGUUACUGUAUUUGGAACAGAGAGUGGAAGUUCGGAGAAAGAGAUUGAUGCAACAAGUACUGGAACAAUUGACAGUUUUCAACAAAUGGAGACUGAAUUUUGUCGUGAAAUGGGACUUGAAACGUCAAAACGGUGA